UUCAGGCAGUGCCUUGGACAACAGCAACUUUGGAGGCCCCCAGCUUGCCGAGGGAGACGUGGACUUGAGUGAGGCGGGGCGGUCCCGGGCCCUGCGGCGGAAGUGGGUCUGCUGGGGGCAGCUGGUGUGUGGUCUGUGUUCCUACCCGCUCCACCAUGUCGAAGGUUUCCUUUAAGAUCACGCUGACGUCCGACCCGCGGCUGCCGUACAAAGUACUCAGUGUUCCUGAAAGUACACCUUUCACAGCAGUCUUAAAGUUUGCGGCAGAAGAAUUUAAAGUUCCUGCAGCCACAAGUGCUAUUAUUACCAAUGAUGGAAUAGGAAUAAAUCCUGCACAGACUGCUGGCAAUGUUUUUCUAAAGCAUGGUUCAGAACUGCGAAUUAUUCCUAGAGAUCGUGUUGGAAGUUGUUAAUAUUCGCUACUUGGAAAAUAGGAUUACCUUUCAGAAUAUUGGUAUUGUUGUGAAACUGAAAUCAGGCAUUUAAAAUACUAUGAAAACACCAGUGGCUGAUGAAAUAAUGAAAGUUGACUCUCUGUCUCUUGUUAUUCCCUGUCUUCUUGUGAAGAGGGAAUGCUUAUGCAUUGAGGGUACCAUCUGCACAGAAGAUCUUAGUCUCUCAUUGCUACCUCACAACACACCUUGUUCAUUUUGGGUAAAUGCAUUAUCCAGCUGUGUUUUAUUACUGGAGGAUGCUUCUGAUAAUUCUUAGAACAUUUGGAAAAUUAAAAUUUAUUGAAUCUUCCUCCUUUGAGUUAAAAUUUUAAGAGGGUUUUGGAUUAUACAUGGCAGUUUGCUUGACAGAUCUGACUUGCAGACUCAAAAAUAGUUAAGAAUACAGAAUUCUUAAUUAUAUAUCGGUGAUGAUACAGGAUAUAGACAUAUCAAUGAAUAUUUAACUGUCUUAAUCUUUAGGUUUUUUUAAGUUUCAAGUUUCAUGUGUUCAUAUGAAUUUUAAUUGAAUAUCAAGGAGCCAAAAAUUGAACUUUUUGAUCUCCCUUAUGUUAUGUGUAAAAUCAAUAUCCCACACCAAAGAGAAUCCAAUACUUGUAAUGGUGAGAACUGAAAAUAAAGUAGAUGCAUCAUUUGCUGA